CACACAAAAUACAAUAUAUAAAUAUACACAGAAAUUUCGCACUAAUAUUCUAUAUUUGCAAGCAUGCAAUCCGUUUUUGCCUCGGGGAGAAUGAAAAGCACCGGUUUCACCUCUGUAUGCCGCCAGCCGAAGCGCAUAAUACUGGUUCGCCAUGGGGAGAGUGAAGGAAAUCAAGAUGAAGAAGUUCUUGAAUAUAUACCUAAUUAUAAAAUCAAAUUAAGCAAUAAAGGGAUUGAGCAGGCUCAAAACGUUGGUUCCCAGAUCAAGAAAGUGGUAUCAGAAUAUGGAGAAUCGGAAAAUUGGAAGGUCUUGUUUUACGUGUCUCCAUCUGAGCGCACUAAGCAGACACUGGAAACGAUAAUCGGGGAGGAAUUUCCAGAGGAAAAAGUGAUUGGAUUGAAGGAAGAAUGCAGGCUGAGAGAACAGCAUUUUGGGAAUUUCCAGGAGCUGGAGAAAAGGAAGAAGAUAAAGCGAACCAGAAACAGGUACGGGAAAUUCUUCUACCGGGUGCCUGACGGGGAAUCCAGCGCCGACGUUUAUGACAGGGUUUCUAGUUUUCUUGAAACUCUAUGGAGGGAAAUGGAAACAAACAGGCUAAACAACAGCGACCCUUCAGAGGAACUGAAUCUGAUAAUUGUUUCCCAUGGAUUAACCAUUCUUCUGUUUCUCAUGAAAUGGUUCAAUUGGACUGUUGAGCAAUUUGAGGGACUCAAAAAUCCACAAAAUUGUGAAUACAGAGUUCUGCAAUUAGGUUGCAAUGGAGAAUACAGUCUGGCUAUUCAUCACAAAUUGGAAGAACUGCAUGCAUGGGGGCUGUCUGAAGACAUGAUUCGGGACCAAAUAUUUCGGGCUUAUGGCACCAAAGAUAACCUCAAGAACACAAAACUUUUGCCAAAAGCUGAUGCUUUUUUGGAGGAUCAAGAAAAUUCAGACAAAUUCCUUGAAGAAAAUUGCACAAAAAAUAACCUGAAGAACAACAAAGAUUUGCCAAAAUCUUGUUUUUUUUGAGGAUAAAGAAAAACCCAUCUGACGAAUUUCUUGAAGAAAAUGGCAGCAAAACUAAACGUAAACCAGUAUAUUAACCAGAAUGCCUGAUUUUUAUCUGCUAGAAAUUAAUUUGUUGAUUUCUAAUCAUUUAAGAAUAAUUCUAUAUUUAUGCAUAUUUAAAUUUUUUUAUUGAAUUUAUGUCUGAAAAAUAAACUUUAGGACACUAAAGAUCUAUCAUUUGCUUUGUACCAAUUUUUCAAUUCAUGUAUUUGAUCUUGUGCUUUUCAA